AUGGUCGAGGCCCCCGCUAAGCGUCGCGCCUCAAAAGCCUGUACCGGCUGUCGAGCUCGCAAAACCCGCUGCGAUGUUUUGCAAAUCGGCCAUCCAUGCACAAAGUGUCGUGCAGAGGGCUACGAGUGCGAGAUCAAAGCAAGGAAAACAAGACUUGGGAAGAGGGCCAUCAAGAGGGCCAUCAAUGGGACUCACGCUGGCGUUCGGCAGAAAACUACGGCGCAGCCGGAACACAUCUUGCGCCAGCAGGUGCCUUACUUCAACUUGUUCCGGACCCUGAAGUCCAGCGACCAGCCAGACUCAUCCGGAAAGGACAAAGAGCAAGGUUUAUUUGUGCCAUCUGCUCUCUGUAACCAGCCUCAUGCCUCUGCUGAUAGCGAGCGUGGGCUUUCUGACGAAGACCUACAUUUCCUGGUCCGAAAAGGCGCGAUGGACCUCCCACCAAAAGCAAAUCUUGACGAGUGUAUCUCGACAUACUUCAAGUGCUUUCACCCAACAUUCCCCAUUCUUGACAAGGCAGUGUUCAAGAAAGCAUACGGCGACGUCGAGUACGAGGAUUUGGCGAGAGGGAAGGGCCCGAGCCUGCUCCUUAUACAAGCCAUUGUCUUCACAGCAAUAUCAAUGAUUCCCAUCAAAAGUAUGCAAAGACUCGGAUUCAAAUCCAUACAAGAAGCGAGAAGCUGCUUCCAUGCCAAAGCACGCUACUUGCAUCAUUUCAACUACGAGUCAGACGAUAUUACAACCAUCCAGGCUCUCUUACUCAUGAGCCAUUACUACCCCUCCAUGGCCGAACAAAGGCACACUUGGUUCUGGGUCCACCAAGCAAUUGGCCUCGCCCAAGGAGCUGGCCUUCAUCAAGCCUCCGCCGGUUCAGCAUCCGACCGGAAGCACUGGGCGAGAAUCUGGUGGGCAUGCCUCAUUAGAGAUAGACUCAUCACGCUCGGAACUGGUCGACCAAUGCACAUAAAGAGCUUGGACUGCAGCGUGCGCCUCUUGACUAUAGGUGACGUUGAAGAAGAGGGUGACACGGACGAAGACAGGGUGACCAAAGCCAUCUUUGUCGACUUUUCUCAUCUGUGCUACCACAUUGAAGGUGUAUUGUCACUGUCUUCCCUACAACCAGGGCCUCUGGCCGUGGCCGACCAGGUGAAGCUCUGUGAAAUAUCCCUCCAGCAAUGGAAGGAACACCUAAACGCUGCUUCCCGUCGAACACGAUUCGAGAACCAUGACGAUGGUGAAUCCGAAGCUUCUAUAACUUCCAGAGCUGUGUUACAUCUAGCAUACAAUAUUGCGAUGAUGUUGUUGUAUCGGAAUCAGACCGCUCUUGUCGAAACCCACGUCAGUGCGUCUCGUCUUCCAGCAGCAAAGAUCAUCGCAUUAGCCACCGACUCUAUAAGUCUUAUGGAGAAGCUAAUCGACCUUGAUGUUGUUCGCUAUUGUCCCACGCAAAGUGUCACUGUCACUUUACCCCCUCUCGUAGUUCAGAUCGCGCUUCAGCGGUUCUGUGAAGAUCCUACGAGCAUAGAGCUAGCGAAACGUGGGGCUGAGGUUUGUAUGAGCUUCUUGAAGCGGCUCGGGCUGGUAUACUGGCACGCCAGCUUCUACCACGGGUUCUUCAGGAAGAUUGCUUCGGAUGAAUCACUACCGCCAUCGCAAAUGAGUAGCGAUGAACCUCAGCGAACUGUCACUUCUACUUUGGCGCGAGAAUUGAGAAGCAAGAAGAGAACAGUAAUCGAGAACACUGAUAGGCGCCACUCGCCUUUUGCUACCGCAGCUGAGGCAUACGGCAUGAACAAGCCACAGGACUCGCUUCAACACAGAGAUGAUCAUUCGGCAUUGUCGUCUGAGUCUCAUCAAUCAAGGCCAGUCAAGGAUUCCACGUGGGAGUAUCACAUUCUGGCACACCAAGACGUGUAUUCAGUAGAAGGGCCACGGCAGAGGGCCCUCGACGACUGGCUCGACGACUGCUUACUCAUUAAUUCCUUGUUUCCCUCUGCAUGA